AUGAGCGCGGACCGCGACGAGGACAGCGGCAGCAAUGAGUCGUCGAAUUCCAGCCACUCCGGCAAGUCGUCGCCGUUGAGAAGCCCGCUGGCCCGCGACUGCAACCGCGUCUACCGUCUCGUCUUGACCGGCGGGCCCUGCGGCGGGAAGACCACCGGAAUGGUCCGCGUCGCCAACUUCUUCGAGGAGCACGGGUGGAAGGUGUUCAGCGUGCCCGAGUCGGCGACAAUAUUGCUGGGCGGCGGCGUGAAAUUUUCGGAGCUGAACGAGAAGCAGUCGUACGAGUUCCAGAAGGACCUGCUGCGCACGCUCGUCCAGAUUGAGAACGUAUUCUUCAACCAGGCGGCGAUGAUCACCGACAAGAACGUGCUGGUCAUCUGCGAUCGUGGUGCGAUGGACCCGUCGGCCUAUAUUGAUAGAGAGGGAUGGUCGAAAAUGCUGGGCGAGCUGGAGUGGGACGAGACGUUCCUCCGGGACAAUCGCUACGAUCAAAUCGUGCAUAUGGUCACGUGUGCUGACGGCGCGGAAAAUUUCUACACGCUCAGCAACAACAACACGCGAAAGGAGGGGGUCGACGACGCGAAGCGGGUCGACUGGAUGACGAGACAUGCGUGGGUCGGCCACCCCUCCGUCUACAUCAUCGACAACUCGGAGUGCGCAAAGUUUGACGACAAAAUCCGCAAGUUGCUGCAGGUGGUCUGCGACCGCGCCGGCGUCAAGACCUACGAGCGGCUGGCGAAGAACAGCAGGAAACGAAAAUGGCUGCUGGCCAGCUACAAAUCCGAGGACUUCCCGAAGUUUGAGCAGUUCCAGGUGAAGCACGACUAUCUGAUGUCCAGCGAAGAUGGGAUCCAGAUGCGGAUCAGAGCGCGCGGCCAAAAGGACAAGAUGACGUACACGAUCACCUCUAGGAAUACGUCAAACGCUGAGGAAACCCUCGAGACGAGGAUGAAGAUCAACAAGCGCGAGUACGAGGGCUACCUCAACUUGAUCGACCACUCUCGGGCGACGAUACAUAAGGAACGACGCUGCUUUGCCUGGGGCAACCACUUCUACUCGAUGGACCUACUCGUCUCGCCGCUGCCCCCGUCUUGUCCGCCGGAGGGGCUGCUGUUCCUGGAGACGUACACCACAUUCCCGAAAGGCAGCGAUGAGCCGGUGCUGCCCCCGUUCCUCUCCGUCAUCCGCGAGAUCACCGACGAGAAGCAAUAUUCCCUCUACGAGCUUUCGAAAAUCCACAACGGA